GCCGGUCUCGCUCUCGCAGCCUCUGGCCAGCUCCGGGCCAGGCCUAGCUUGUUUUCUGUACGACCGGGACGGGCGACGUUAGACCGAAUCGGUGGCCAUGGAGAUCGGCACCGAGAUCAGCCGCAAGAUCCGGAGUGCUAUAAAGGGAAAGCUACAGGAACUGGGAGCAUAUGUUGACGAAGAGCUCCCGGAUUAUAUCAUGGUCAUGGUGGCCAACAAGAAGAGCCAGGAGCAGAUGACAGAGGAUCUUUCCCUCUUUCUAGGAAACAACACUGUGAGAUUCACUGUCUGGCUUCAUGGUGUAUUAGAUAAGCUUCGGUCUGUAACUACAGAGCCUACUAGCCUAAAAUCUCCUGAAUCUAACAUCUUUGAGACUAAUCUGCCUUCUGGCAAAAGCACAUCGGAUGGAAGUGAGGAGAGAAGAGCGGAAGAAAUCCUACAGCCUCUUACAGUCUCAAGUUCUCGGCCAGAACGGACUGACUCCCGAGUUUCAACUAGCUCCCAGGAACAGAGGGCCUCUGCUGCCCAGCUCCCCUGCCAAGAUGGCUUCCCACCCCUCUUGAUGUCAACGGUGAAACCUCUGAGGGAGCUGUCCCCAUUGGAAGCUGUGAUCGACAUUAAGCCUGAGCCGGAUGAUCUCAUUGAUGAAGACCUCAAUUUCGUGCAGGAGAACCGGUUGCCCCGGAAGAAGCCUCUCGUGACGGUGACAUACGGCUCUUCCCGCCCAUCUGCUGAAAUCUACCGCCCGCCAGCUAGUCGAAGCGCUGAAAGCAACGUUCACUUGCAGCGGUUGAUGCAACAGGGCACCCUGCAGGCUGCCAAGCAGCUUGAGAUGCAGGCCGGCCGGUCACUGGAAACCAUCCAGCUAUGCGAUCCCGACGCAUGUGGCAGCUUGGCCGAGAAUUAUAGGCCCCCUUCCAAGGGGAAUGCUGAUAAAAUUAGCAGUGAGGAAGAAAUUUUGAGGAAGAGAAAGCUCCCAGUUGUAAGUUCAGUAGUCAAAGUGAAACGGUUCAGUAAUGAUGGGGAAGAAGAAGAAGAAGAAGAGGAAGACUAUGGUCUGCGACUGGGAGGCAUCUCCAGCAGUGUCUCUGUGCCUGCAAAACCUGAAAGAAGACCUUCAUUGCCACCUUCCAAACAGGCCAAUAAGAAUUUAAUAUUGAAAGCUAUUUCUGAAGCUCAGGAGUCGGUUACAAAAACAACUAAUUAUGCUACAGUCCCACCGAAGCAAACAGUUCCCGUGGCUCCCAGAACUCGGACUUCCCAUGAGGAAGCCCUCUUGGAAGUGCUUCAUGGGCAGAGCCAAGCAUCCAGAGUGAACCCUCAGAUACAGGAAGAAGAACCAAGGGAACAAACAUUAGGGAGAGUUUCAGGAACCCAGCAAAGACAGCUCUUUUCCCGUCUGCAGAUUGAGCCAGGCAUUGAAGAGGUGUUGCAAAAAUCCCAAGAUUAUUAUGACUUGGAAUCAAUGGUUCACACAGACACAAGAUCAUUUAUCCUGAAGAAACCCAAGCUGUCUGAGGACAUCAUGGUGCCCCAGAACCUGGAAGCGGGGAACAGGACCACGGAGGCCUUGCAGGCUCUUUCAGGACGACUGAUUCAGACAAGAGAGCAGCUUGUGCAGUCAGAGAAACCUGCUAGUCCCAAGUUCAUAGUCACUUUGGAUGGAGUUCCCAGCCCUCCCGGCUACUUGUCUGAUCAAGAGGAGGAGGAACUGAGCCUUAUGGAAGGAGUACGGCCUGUUCCCCCGAAAGCAACAGCUAGCAAAGGAUUACGAAACCUUCGUGCACAGCAGAUGCACAUUAUAGCCAGGCAGCUGGAGAGCACUGAUGUGGAGAUGGAGGAUGUGGGCAUCCUACACAAAUUGGAGAAAGUCCCUGAGCGCUGCAAGUACUGGCCUGCCUGCAAAAAUGGAGACGAAUGUGCCUUCCAUCAUCCCACACUGCCGUGCAAAGCCUUUCCUAAUUGCAAAUUUGCUGACAAGUGCUUGUUCAUCCAUCCAAACUGUAAAUAUGACGCCAAGUGCGCCAAGCCAGACUGCCCAUACACUCACGCCAGUCGGCGGACCCCACUUCCGCCUCCUAAACCAGCUCCACCUCCAGUACCACCACCAUCUUCUACCAGCCAGCUUUGCAGAUAUUUCCCAGCGUGCAAGAAAAUGGAAUGCCCUUUCUACCAUCCCAAACAUUGUAGGUUUAAUACCCAGUGUACCAGAGUAGACUGCACAUUCUACCACCCUGCUGUUUCUGUACCACCACGUCAUGCCUUGAAAUGGACUCGAACCCAAACUAGUGAAUAAUUCACACAACCCAUUCAUUAAAUUUCUCCAUUGUACUAUGAUGGAUAUUCGCUAACGGAACAAGAUGCUGUAAAAGUUAUCACAUAUGCCAGGCCUUGAAUAUAUAUUGUUUCCUAAAUGAAGUUGAUUGCAUACUUGAAAUAUGUAAUUUUCAAACUUGUAUAUUUAAUAACUGGUUUUACAUAUUUUUUACUGUAAAAAAAUGUCUGUAGGGAAGAGAAUUUUGCUUUAACCUUAAUUAAAAUGUCAAGGCAAGGAAUUUAUCCUACUUA